AUGCCAAGCGGCGCCGUCAGCACCAAGGGAGCCAUGCCUGUCAAGAGAGCAGGUAAGAAACCACCCACACCUGAGUCUCUACGGAGGCCUCUGGUCUUGCAGGCGUGCUGCUGGAAGAAGCUGCCUCCAUAUGAGCCAAAUAUCCCUGAACCCACCACCAGGGCUGACUUCAUGAAAUAUUGGCUCCCGCUCUCUCUGGAUGAUAAAACUGCACAGAAGCUGUUGUGGAUUUCCGAGGCCGGGUCCAAAGUGGCCCGCACGACCGAUGCCGUCUGCCCGUAUCCCAACAGGCCUGAGAGAUACGACCACUCCCCACAGGUGCUGUGCAAAGAGGGUCUGAUGGGCUAUCGAGGGUACUGGGAGGUGGACUACGACGGCUGGGUGGUGAUCGGGGUGGUCUUAGAGGGCGCUCCGCGGAAGGCCCAGGACGCCCGGGGUCCAUGCGGCCUCGGGGAGAACGUCGGCUCCUGGGGGGUCGGCUGGUCUGGCUCCCUCUACCAGGUCUGGCACAACAGCGAGAACGUGGACGUGGAACUCCCCGCGGCUUCCUGCAUCGGCAUCUACGUGGACCAGCCCGCCGGCGUCAUCCAGCUCCUCGCGGUGGAGGGCGAGGCCGAGAAGGAGGUGCGGCUGAUCCACAAGUUCAAGGUCAACAUACAGGAGAAGAUUUUCCCUGCGUUUUGGGUCGGCACCAAUUCGUUCUGCCUUCUUCGGAAAAAGGAUCAGUGA